ACACCACCGUUACCGGUAGUUCAACCGGCCGUGUUUGGGGCCGCGGGCCGGCAGGCGGAACCGGGGCGGGUCUCUCUCCUCCGGCCCCCUCAUCGCCCGUAAGGGCUUCUGGCCUCCAGACCCGAGCUUCGCGGGGCGGGGGAACUACCGCAGGGCUGCCUGCCGGGGCAUGGCGGCGGCGGAUGGCGUCACUUCCUGCCCGGCGCGCUGAGGCCACUUCCUGUCGGCACUCCAUGCCGUGAGGGGGGAACGGCGUGUCAGGUGCCGGGCCGGCGCUCCGCGGCCUGCCGGCGCUGAGGGAGCCGGGCCCGCCGAGGAUGGCCAGCCUGGCCGCCCAGGACUCCUACCUGCAGGCCUUGGCGAGGAAGGUCGGCGUGCAGCACUCCCCGGAGUCGCGGAAGAGGAAAUUUGUGUCUAAACCAGGCCAGUCUGAGGAUGCUGGUGGGCCACCCAAGAAAAAGAAGAGGAAGAAACCCAGGAAGCAAGCUGAGAAGAUAAAUGCUUCUUCAGUCAAACAGGUGGUCUCUAACACCAAUAAACCUACUCCAGGACAGAAAGCAGCGCCUCAAGCCAGCAAAUCAUCUCCACAGGGUGUUGCACAGAGCAGCAAUGAGAGUUUGGUUACAGGGAACAAAAGUGAGCUGGGUUCCCCUUCUUUUUCUGCAAUUAAUCUCUUGCGUCAGAGACUACAUGAGAAGAUUAAAAAAGCAUCUGGACAAGAUGAUGCCAAAGAAUUGUCCCCUGCAGUCCUAGAGAAGAGGCAGCGAAGGAAGUACGAGAGAGAGAGAAAGAAGCGCCGAAGGAAGGAGUUGAAGAUGAAGGUGAAAAUGGAGAAGAAAGAAACUGAGGAGGUACCAGUAGAGCCAGAAAGCAAAAAGGAGCAGAGCACAGCUGAGGUUGUCUUUAACAGGGUUGAAGUCCAUGAAGAGAAUGAGUUAAACAAGAUCCAGAAGAAGAAAGAGAAGAGGAAAGCGGUGAAAGGCAAUAUCACUCCCCUGACGGGCAAAAACUACAAGCAGCUGCUGAGCAGGCUGGAGACCAGGAAGAAUAAGCUGGAGGAGCUCAAGGAUAAGGACCAGAAGAAAGCCGAGGAGCUGGAGAACAAGAUGAAAUGGACAAAUGUUCUCUAUAAGGCAGAAGGUGUGAAGAUUCGUGAUGAUGAGGAGCGUCUGAAAGAAGCUCUGAAGCGUAAGGAGAAGCGUAAAGCUCAACGCCAAAGGCAGUGGGAGAAGCGUACAGAAAGAGUGGUGGAAAAGAUGCAACAGCGUCAGGAAAAGCGUCGCAAGAACAUUCAGAAGAAGAAGAAGGACAGGAUAGAGAAGAAGAAAGCCAGGGCCCGGAAGAAAGGCCGGGUUCUGCCAGAGGACUUGAAAAAAGCUGGUUUAAAGUGAGAGCAACACAACUGGUCCCUGCGGGUUCUGCCUGGGGGGGAUCCGUGGGGAGCUGUGGGAGCAUCUGGGCUAGUGCUGCCGGGGCAGAGGCAGCACCUGAGGAAACCCACCUGCGGGGCAGUAACUGCUGCGGC